UAUCGCGCCUCUCCAUUGGCCGUCCCUCGCUCAUUUAGCUGCUCCGGUAACUUUUCCCAGUCGAGCUUCAACCAAAGUCAAACUGCAGGGUCUAUUUUUCUCGGCUACAGCAGGAAAAAAAGAAGCGUAAAAGGGGAAGUGAGUUUUCCUCCGAGUGGAUUCAUUUUCUUUCACUCUUUAUCUUUAUCGGAGCUGCCUGAAUGUUUCUGUGUGUUUGACUGUCCAACAAGACCAGGUGAAUGUACAGCAUCAUGAUGGAGACGGACUUACAUUCCCCCAUGGUCCCGCAGACCAACCCAUCCAACCCGGGGGGAGGAGGAGGCAAAGUCCCGCAGGACAGAAUCAAGAGACCCAUGAACGCCUUCAUGGUGUGGUCCCGGGGCCAGAGGAGGAAAAUGGCCCAGGAGAACCCAAAAAUGCACAACUCCGAGAUCAGUAAGAGACUCGGCGCGGAGUGGAAAGUGAUGACCGAGGCGGAGAAGAGGCCGUUUAUUGACGAGGCGAAGCGGCUCCGGGCCAUGCACAUGAAGGAACACCCGGACUACAAGUACCGGCCGCGGAGGAAGACCAAGACGCUGCUGAAGAAGGACAAGUACUCUCUGGCCGGGGGGCUCCUCGGAUCACACCCGGGGAUAGGCAUGGUGGGCGGCGGGCAGCGGCUGGAUAGCCCCGGAGGAGGGGGUCACGGAGGUGGGAAUGCCGGCUACGCGUCGCAUGUGAACGGCUGGGCGAACGGUGCGUACUCGGGCCAGGUGGCGGCUGCAGCGGCUGCGGCGCACGCCAUGAUGCAGGAGGCGCAGCUGUACACACAACACCCGGGCUCCGGAGCUCACCAUCACGCGCACCAUCACCCGCACCACCAUCACCCGCACAACCCGCACCGGUACGACAUGAGCGCCUUGUCCUACAGCCCCAUCUCAAACUCUCAGAGCUACAUGAGCGCCUCCCCGCCGGGAUACGGGGGGAUCACCGGAUACUCGCACCAGAGCUCCGGUGUGUCCCCGGUGCCUCUGGGCUCCCUGGUGAAAUCUGAGCCCAGUGUGAGCCCUCCGGUGUCCACAGCGCGCCCACCGCAGCAGUGCCCCACCGGGGACCUGCGGGACAUGAUCAGCAUGUACCUGCCCACCGGAGAGGCGGCGGGGGACUCCUCCGUUCACAGCAGACUGCACGUGCUCCACCCGCAGCACUACCAGAGCAGCGGCUCCACUCCGGUAAACGGGACAGUUCCUCUGACUCAUAUUUAAAAUCUCUAAAUGUUUAAGCACUACAAAACCACAACCAAAUAUUUAAAGAUGUGGGCUGCUGCUGAUGAAUUGUAAAUUAUAGGGCGGUUAUAGCCAUAAAAAUGCAAUCACUUUGAACAAACUUUUUUUUAUUGUUAUUUUUCUUUCAGUGAUGGAUUUUUUGUCUGUCCGAAGCUAAAGGAAAGCUUUUGCUCUCUGGAACAGAGCAUGCCAAGUUUUGACACGAUUUAAAUUAUAAUCCGUGAAGGCUGGUGCGUUUUGAAGGUUAUUUUUUUCCCUAAUUUUCUGUGGAAUUAAAGGCACCAGCUGUGUGUUUGAGGGGAAACCUGUUUAAAGAAGGAACCGUAUAAUAAAUGGAGGGCGGUGUGAGGAAGAUGUGUUUAAAAAAAAAAGUUUCAAGGCUGCAAUUUAAAUUGAUUUCCAGUUUUAAUGCUUGUAAACAUGUGAGUCAGUCGGUGUAAUUUGAAUUUGUUUUUGUUGUUGUAAAAUCUUGUAAAUUGUGAAUAAAUAGGCCUACUGAAAACA